CUUGCUUGUCCCUAGCUGUUGAGGGAAAUUUAGCAUUGAAACAACUGAAGAUGGAAACUUGGUCAGUUGAGCAAGUCUGCAACUGGUUGAAACUGAGAAAUUUAGGAGAACUAGUUCCUAAGUUCCGUGAAGAAGAAAUAAGUGGAGCAGCUCUUCUGGCUCUUAAUGAUCGUAUGGUGCAGCAGCUGGUGAAGAAGAUUGGGCACCAGGCAGUGCUGAUGGACCUGAUUAAAAAAUAUCAGCAACAGAAGAGUGGGCUGGAAUCCCUCACAUACUGUUGUGAAACAGCUUCUCAAAAAUUUCCAGAAGUAAUCAGUGGGGCUACUGACAGACAGAUGUUAAUUUCUUCUGGCCCUGUGGAGAAGUAUCUGUGUUCACAUGAAAAUGAAAAAGGAGUAAUUGAUCACAGAGUGCUAAAGCAAAAAAAAAACCUGAAAUCAUUUUUUGUGAGACACAAGAUGUUGCAGUGGACAAGUUCUUAUGCUUUGCCAGACUUCCCUUACGAUGUCAAGUGCAUGUUAGCAGAAAAAAAAUGCCCUGAUCACAGUAUGAGAAUAAGAAUUAUUGAAUUUUUACAAGCAGACAUGACAAAAUACUUGGAAGGAUCACUGUAUCCGAACAGUCAGCAAUAUAACAUUGUUGUCAAUGCUCUGCUCCAGGCAUACCCAUUCCUUGAUGAAGAUGGGAAUGGCUUUUUGCUGUGGAAACGGGCCCUUAAAGAUCGUUUCAAAUAUGUGCGGAGACCCAUUGAGGAUGAUGAGCAAGUCCUGAGGAACAAAUGCAAAUUUGGCCACAGGAGGGGACAGAGCAGAAAAUCAUCUUUUGCUGAAAAUACUCUUGAUGGUGUCCAGGGGCAGGUGGAGGAAGAACCUGCUCAUCUUAAAGGCAGUGCAAUGGAUUUACAUAUUAAGUGGCUUAAUCAAGAAUAUAUGAAAACUCAGAGGAACUGGGAAGAAGUGGAAAACAGAAUGAAUGUGACAAUAGAAAUACGGAGAAAGAUGAUCAGCGAUAAGGCACCUUUAAAAGAUGUUCUUAGACUAUUUCCUUUCUUAAGAUGCCCUUAUCAGCUUUUUAGGGAGUUCCAGCUUCUCACACACAUGGACAUUCAUAAGAAAACAGUCGAGAUUUUGGAGAUUUAUUCAGAAAACAUAUUGUCCUUGUAUGUGGUGAGGAAUAAUCCAAUUAACAUUAUGCUGCAAGAAAAUCUGAAGCAGCACACAGAGGAAGACGUUCUGAAAUAUAUGAAAAUGACUGCUGCAUGUUUGCUCCUGCCAGAAGUCUUUGGAGAUGAUUCCAGUCUGUUUGCUGCAGUGAACGAGGAGGUAAAGGCAGUGACACCAGUGCUGGAAGUGAAAAAUCCCUUCAACGUGAAUUCAUGCGAGUUUGCCCUGUACAUAGAAAGGGAAGAGCUGGCCCAGCUUGACGACUGCACCAUGGCUCUGGCAGCACUGGUGGCUGCAUUCCAUGUGUUUGAUAUCCCAUGCCCAAAGAGAAUCCACAGGACACUGAACUUCCUGGAGUCCCUGGUCUUUGAGGUGAGGAGCCCAGCAGCUCUGCCCACCCCAGUAAAGACAGGGCUGGAGGCACCCAAGCAUCCAGUACCUGAUGGUGCACCCAGCACUCCUCUCAGGAGCAUGUGAUAUUUUGUCAAAAUAAAUCCCUUUGUGCCAUUCUUUCUAUUCAAAGUGUAUGUAUAUUUAAAAGCUACGUUUAGUAAUGCCCUCCUUUUUUUAUUGUACUGGCUACUUCUAACAAAAAAUUAAAACUCCAGCAAUCUCAUUAUUUUAAAUGUAGAUUUUA